AUGGCCGACGAGAUCCCCCAAACCCCCGUCCCCGUGCCCACGUAUGGCCAGCCUCAACCCGCGGCGGCGCCUGUGCUUGUGCAGAGCCAACCUGGCGAGGCCUCAACAACUCCAGAAGGACAGGCAAUUGCGCCGACUACCGAGACAGGCAAUAAGGAUAUCACAAUGGUAGACGCCUCCAGCGCCGAUCAAGCCCCUUCUCCAGCGCCCGCUGCGCCUUCCACCAAUGCCCCGAGCCCUGCCCCUCCACGAACCGGCACACCUCUACGCACUAAUGGCCAAGACAAUACGUCGCGUGCUGCGUCACAACAUCCCGAUCCCGCUUUCACUAUGCCCGACGCUGCUCCCGCCCACGGCGCACCGGUACGACAAUACUUGAACAGCAAAGUCACUGCUCAUCUGCUCGAGGGCAUGAAACAGCUUGCAAAGGAUCAACCCAAAGACCCGUUGCGGGUUCUUGGCCAAUUCCUUCUCGAACGGUCGAAAGAGUUCGAAACAUAG